UAUUUCAGUUAUUUCUUCACCCGUAUUUCAUGCCUUCUCACGCCUCUUCGUAUAAACCACAGAUCAUUAAAGACAGACGCAAAUUAAUACAAAUUAACUAACAAACAUAGUUUUGUCUGUUUCACCUUUCCAGGAGAAGGAAAAAAAAGAGGCAAAAGUUCCUUUUUUGUGGUAUCUUAUAUUUGUUUCUUCUGGGAAUCUGAUUCUUCAUAGUGGUUUUGAAAAAAAAAAAUUGAGAGUUGGUGUGUUGAUCAAAUGUGCAAGAGGGGUGUGAGAAAAUUUGAUUGUGGUGUCAUGGGUGGGUAUUGUUGAAUUGAAUUGAGUCUGGUAUCGGGGCAUGUGAUUGGAGUUGGAGGUGGAAACGGGUAAGGGAUGGCGCGGGAUGGGAGCGUCGUCCCUGCGGAUCCGCAGGCAGUUGUGAAGAAGAAGACACAGUCGUCGAGAAGUUGGAUUAUGUUUGAUGCUACAGGGCAGGGUUCAUUGCUCGACGCGGACAAAUAUGCAAUCAUGCAUCGGGUUCAGAUUCAUGCGCGUGAUCUCAGAAUCCUUGAUCCCUUGCUUUCUUACCCUUCCACUAUUCUCGGUCGUGAGAAGGCCAUUGUUCUUAACUUGGAGCAUAUCAAGGCAAUUAUCACCGCUGAAGAGGUAUUGUUGAGAGAUCCAACAGAUGAAAAUGUGAUCCCUGUUGUCGAGGAACUGCAAAGGCGGUUGCCUCAAUCAAGUGCCGGUCUUCAAGGUAAAGAGUAUCUUGGUGGCCAAAAUGAUGCUGAAGCAGCUGAAGAUGAUGAGUCACCCUUUGAAUUCCGGGCCCUGGAAGUUGCUUUAGAAGCCAUUUGCAGUUUUCUUGCUGCACGUACAACAGAAUUGGAGAUGGCUGCUUAUCCUGCACUAGAUGAACUUACCUCCAAGAUUAGUAGUCGUAAUUUGGACAGAGUUCGUAAACUGAAGAGCGCAAUGACAAGGCUGACGGCUAGAGUACAAAAGGUCAGAGAUGAGCUGGAACAAUUGCUGGAUGAUGAUGAUGAUAUGGCUGACCUAUACCUGUCAAGAAAAGCUGGUUCAUCAUCACCAGUCAGUGGAAUAGGUGCUUCAAAUUGGUUUGCUUCCUCCCCCACCUUAGGAUCAAGGAUAUCUAGGGCAAGUAGAGCAAGUCUAGCAACAGUCCGUUUAGAUGAAAAUGAUGUGGAAGAGCUUGAAAUGUUACUUGAGGCUUAUUUUAGUGAAAUUGAUCAUACGUUGAACAAAUUAACCACACUGCGAGAGUACAUUGAUGAUACUGAAGAUUAUAUUAAUAUUCAACUUGACAACCAUCGUAAUCAGCUCAUUCAGUUAGAACUCUUUCUUAGUUCUGGAACUGUUUGCCUAUCUUUCUACUCUUUGGUGACUGCUAUAUUUGGCAUGAAUAUCCCAUACACUUGGAACGACAACCAUGAUUACAUGUUCAAAUGGGUAGUUAUUGUCUCAGGAGUACUUUCUGCUGUGAUGUUUGUCAUAAUUACAGCCUAUGCUCGCAAUAAGGGAUUAGUUGGAUCGUGAAAAUACUUGGAAGGGACAUGACUCCUGUAUAUAAUAAUCUAAUAAUUAUGUUGUGUAGCAUUUUGUUAGUUAGUUCAACAUAUGGAUGAGUUAUGGGUACGCCUUAGUACCAAUGAGGGUGUCAGCCUUUGGAUCAGUUAUUUUGUUAUCUGAUUCAGUCUUAUCAUAACACAUUGUAAAUACUGUUUACGCAGUCACAUUUGAUUCCUCCUUCUGAAUAAGCUUAAACUCUUGAUACUUGAUUAAA